CGUAACGCUAGAAAAGGGUUGUUGUUUGGCGCCUUUACGGGGCCGGUUGGGUUUUUGUAAUAAAUUCACUUUAAAUUUGCGAACUAAAGUUCGCAAAUUACGUUAAAAUGGGUGACAAAGGAGACGGCGAAACCUUCGAUGAUGCGGUGGAAGAGAGAGUUAUAAACGAAGAGUAUAAAAUAUGGAAGAAGAAUACACCAUUCUUGUAUGACCUGGUAAUGACACAUGCACUGGAAUGGCCUUCUUUGACUGCUCAGUGGCUCCCCGAUGUAACUAGACCCGAAGGAAAGGACUACUCUGUACACAGACUUAUUUUGGGCACACACACGUCAGAUGAACAAAAUCACCUUUUAAUUGCCAGCGUUCAACUUCCAAAUGAAGAUGCACAGUUUGACGCCAGUCAUUAUGAUAAUGAUAAGGGUGAAUUUGGCGGUUUCGGCUCUGUUUCGGGCAAAAUAGACAUAGAGAUAAAAAUAAAUCACGAGGGUGAAGUGAACCGAGCGCGCUACAUGCCUCAAAACCCGUGCGUUAUCGCCACCAAGACACCCUCCUCCGAUGUGCUUGUGUUUGAUUACACUAAGCAUCCUUCCAAGCCGGAACCCUCUGGCGAAUGCACUCCUGAUCUCAGAUUGCGUGGACACCAAAAAGAAGGUUAUGGCUUAUCGUGGAACCCUAAUCUGAAUGGCUAUCUUCUGUCAGCUAGUGACGAUCACACAAUCUGCCUAUGGGACAUCAACGCUACUCCCAAAGAAGGUCGUGUGAUCGAAGCCAAGUCGGUAUUCACGGGCCAUACCGCUGUUGUGGAGGAUGUGGCUUGGCAUUUACUGCACGAAUCCCUGUUCGGAUCCGUUGCUGAUGAUCAGAAACUGAUGAUUUGGGAUACUAGGUGUAACAAUACAUCAAAGCCGUCGCACACAGUAGACGCCCACACUGCCGAGGUCAACUGCCUCAGCUUCAAUCCUUACUCUGAAUUCAUUCUGGCCACUGGCAGUGCUGACAAAACGGUGGCGCUUUGGGACCUGCGUAACUUGAAGCUCAAACUGCACUCGUUCGAGUCGCAUAAGGACGAGAUCUUCCAGGUGCAGUGGUCACCGCACAACGAGACCAUCCUCGCCAGCAGCGGAACAGACAGACGGUUACACGUUUGGGACCUGUCGAAGAUUGGUGAAGAACAAACCGCGGAGGAUGCUGAAGAUGGCCCUCCAGAGCUGUUGUUCAUCCAUGGAGGUCACACAGCCAAGAUAUCCGACUUCUCCUGGAACCCAAACGAGCCAUGGGUUAUCUGCUCCGUCUCCGAGGACAAUAUUAUGCAGGUAUGGCAAAUGGCAGAGAACAUCUACAACGAUGAAGAGCCGGAAACGCCGGCUUCAGAGUUGGAGUCAGGCGUCAACGUCAACCACGGUUAGGCCUCCGCCCCCGGGCCCGCGACGGAGCCCCACGCACGAUAGUUAUACUACAAUACGGUGCUCUGGCAAGAAUAAACAUUGUUUUAAAACACGUUACUUUUUGUUGCAUGUUAUAGUAGACUUCUCAAACAUAUUAUGUUGUUGUAAAACAUAACAACAAUUUUAAACAUUGUUGCAAAGUGUAACACUGCUGUUUCGCAACAUUGUUUAACUUCUGUGAGCACCUUACGGAUGUUACGACGGUCCCUAUUUGGAGUUAAGAUAAGUGCAAAAUUAUUUAAACCAAAUAAAAGCUCAUGAAGUUAU